CCUCAGACACAGCGGAUCACCGAUCAACGGAAAGAGCCAAAGAUGUCGGCUCGGUCAUGUGAUCAGCUGUGUCCAAUUACAGCUGAUCGCAUAGGGGACAUCUACACUGAUCAUCAGGGCACUGAUGAUCAGUGUGCCCUGAUGAUCAGUGUAGCCCCAGCAGUGCCACCUGUCAGUGUCCAUCAAUGCCAGCUGUCAGUGCUCAUGCAUGCCACCUGCCAGUGCCCAUCAGUGCCACAUUAAUGCCACAUAUUAGUGCCUACCAGUACACAUCAAUGCCACAUAUCAGUGCCCAUCUGAGCUGCCUUUCCGUGCCACCUAUCAGUG